AACGCAGCACCAUUGUUGCCGUCUGGGAGCGGCCCGGAGUGCACCUGUCCAACCUGUUCAAUAGGGGAUACUUGACUCCUGAGGAAUUUACCCCCCACAACUCUUGUCCUUUGUUCCAGCGGCUUUACAACGGGUCAGAGCCAGGAGGGAGGACGAGUAAACAGCGGCGAGAGAGAGCGAGUGAGAGGCGGAAGGAGAGAUGUCGGAUCCGGCUACGAAUCCCGCUACGAAUCCCGCUGCCACCUCCUUCCCGGCGCCCACCCUUUCGCUGCCACUGGGACUGGACGUGUUGAGGACUUACUCUGGAGCGCUUGUCCUCUUAGAAAUAUUAUUUGGUGGUUUAGUAUGGAUCCUGGUGGCUUCCUCCAAUGUUCCCGUUCCUCUGCUGCAAGGCUGGGUCAUGUGUGUGUCUGUCAUUGCCUUUUUCCUCUCCUCCGCCUACCUCACCUUACUCAUCACCGGCCUGGCAGACCGCAUCAAUACUAAUUGGAAUUUUUUGGAUGUCUUCUACCAUUUCAUAGCGCUGCUUUUCUACUUUUCCGCCUUCGUGCUGGAAGCGGCGGUGACAGCAGCCAACGGGGGAGCCAUCAUCACACCGCUGCCAAACAGCACCACAGCUGUGAUGUGUAUACACUACCCUAAGGGAAAUGUAUUCACGGUGCUCACUGGUAACCAGUACAGCAUUAAUGUAGUAGCCACGCUCAAAAAGGCAGCUGUGAUCUUGGCUUCUCUGAUAGACACUGGCGUUCACCGCAGCCAUCUGAAUUUCAGAUAUUUGCGUUUGUGGUGACGCUGUGCUACGGCUGCAGUUUGGUGAUGGGCUUCAAGCGGUGGAGGAUCUAACCUGCAACACCACCACUUCAUCCACAAAAAUGUAUUGUAUUGUUACAAACUUGUGUCAAGAUUGUGUGUCUUUUAGAUUUUUGAGAAUUGAUACCGUAUUUCCACGAGCAAUGACCAACAUUUUUUGAGGUCAUUGAAAGUGUACUGUAACACACUUUCAAUGAAGGAUUUUACUGACGCUUAGGAAACAGUUUUUUUUGGUUUUUUUUAAUUCACAUCAACACUGCAGCUUCCUUUUUUUCUGUGUCACAUCCUCAUUGAAGGGAAUUUUUCCCAUCUCCAAAACCACAAAACACCAGCCGCGAUGCUUUCGUUUCAUUUAUAACCGAGAAUAUGGUUGCACAAUUUCAUGAAAAGAACCUUGAACACGCAGUGGUGGAUUGAUGCAAAGGGGAUCGAAAGUCAUUUCACGUGAAACUUUUAUGAACGAUAAAUACCGUAUUUUUUGGAGUAUAAGUCGCACCUGCCGAAAAUGCAUAAUAAAGAAGGGAAAACACAUAUAUAAGUCGCACUGGAGUAUAAGUCGCAUUUUUUGUGGAAAUUUAUUUGAUAAAACCCAACACUAAGAAUAGACAUUUGAAAGGCAAUUUAAAAGAAAUAAAGAAUGAACAAAUGGCUGAAUAAGUGUAUGUUAUAUGACGCAUAAAUAACCAACUGAGAAGGUGCCUGGUAUGUUAACGUAACAUAUUAUGGUAAGAGGGACGGCGUGGCACAGUUGGGAGAGUGGCCGUGCGCAACCCGUGGGUCCCUGGUUCAGUCCCUACCUAGUACCAACCUCGUCACGUUCGUUGUGUCCUGAGAAAGACACUUCACCCUUGCUCCUGAUGGGUGCUGGUUAGCGCCUUGCAUGGCAGCUCCCUCCAUCAGUGUGUGAAUGGGUGAAUGCGGAAGUAGUGUCAAAGCGCUUUGAGUACCUUGAAGUUAGAAAAGCGCUUUACAAGUACAACCCAUUUACCAUUUAAGAGUCAUUCAAAUAACUAUAACAUAUAGAACAUGCUAUACGCUUACCAAACAACAAGUCACUCCUAAUCGCUAAAUCCCAUGAAAUCUUAUACGUCUAGUCUCUUAUGUGAAUGAGCUAAAUAAUAUUAUUCGAUAUUUUACGGUAAUGUGUUGAUUUCACACAGAAGUCGCUCCUGAGUAUAAGUCGCACCCCUGGCAAAUUAUGAAAAAAAACUGCGACUUAUUGUCCGAAAAAUACGGUAGUUAAUUUUAUAUCACUUCUUGUCCCUAACACAUCAACUUUUGCAAUAAUCCAAUAAGAUUACUGUGUGAUUUAUGAUAAAUAUACAGGAUUACACAGUAAGUACUCACAUAAAAACAAUAUGCUUUAAUGGGAUAGAAUACACUGUUAUAGUAUUACCAUAAUUAGGUGACUUUUUUGAUGCUUGAAUACAUUUCCACGCAUAAUAAUAAUAAUACAAUCACUUAAUUACACUUGUUUGCCAAACUGAUGUUUUAAUAGUCCACUGACACUGUUUAUGAUAGGCUGUUAAAUUAUUAAUCAUUUGAAAUGCAUUUAGGAUGCAUGAUUGAUUGUCAGGCGUGCAUGUGUUAACAUGUUGGUGCCUUUUUAAUGUACAUAAAUAAAUGUUUAAUAAAAUAUGUCAUCUACAUGAA